UUUUGAAAGGUAAUUUGGUGAGAAGUUGUAGACCCAUUGUGUUACAUUCUACUUGUCCUUUGCCUAACGUGUGUGACAUUACUUACUCAAGGCGAUUCGAGGAUUAUAUUGUCAAUUCAAGACCGAACAUUGCUAAGGAUGAUGUGUGGAGCAAAUGCGAAGCCGAGUUCCCUAGUUGGUUCAAGACAAAUGUCCUUGGUGCCAUGACAAGUGACGAUGUCACUCGAGCUCUUGCUAUGGGUCCUUCCAGACAAGUGAGAACGUGGAAUCAGUUCUUUGUGAAUGAAUAUAACUUUCAUACACAGGAAUAUGGGAAGAAUAAGUCAACUAUGAACUAUGGUGUAUGUGUACAAGCUGCUGAUAGAGCUGAUUACUUUGGCAUUUUGGAGGAGGUUAUUGAACUGGUGUACCAUGGUAAUUUGGCUGCUUAUAAGACAAUUUUGUUCAAGUGCAAUUGGAUGGACUCGGACAAGGGUAUGAACAUUCAUGAACAGUACAAACUUGUGGAAGUCAAUCACACCAAGAAAUACCCAAAAUAUGAUCCGUUUGUAUUGUCAUACCAAGUUAUCCAAGUAUACUACGCGCCGUAUCCCAGCCUUAGGAGGGAUAAAGUGCAAUGGUGGCCUGUGUUUAAAACGAAGGCAAGGUCCGAAGUUAAUGCCCCGGUUGAUUUGGAUGUUCUCCGGGAGGAAAGAGUUUAUAGCGCUGCAGUUCUUUGUGCUCCGGAUGAGAUACCAGAUUAUGAUGCUGGUGACGACAACAAUAAUGAUGAGAUCAUGGAAUUUGAGGCGCCGAAUGAACAAGGAGAACCAAGUGAUUAUGAAAGCAGCGACGAGACUGGUGAUUUGACUGACGAUGAUGAUGACGAGGAUGAUUUGUUUGAUGACGUUGAGUGUAUUUUGUUACCUUAUGUAGUUUGCUUUUGUUGUAAGACAAUAUGUUUGUCAUUUUAUCGCUAGUGCAGACCUCUAUGUGUAAGACAUAUUAUUUAUUUUUAUUAUAUGUGUUUUAGUCAUUUAAUAUGUUUUUAAUUUGGAGCUUUUUCCAAAUUGAUUAAUUAUGUGAUGUUCAAUAUUUUGUA